GCUCCCGAUCAGCCACUCACAGCGCGGCUCCCCCUCAAGCUGUCAGGGAAUAUACUUCCUUGCUAGGAGGGAGGCUGAUGGGAUGCAUCAAAGAUGGCUAACAAAAUUGGAUAUAACAGCAACUAAGUCCCAUUCAUUUAAAUGAUAGAUUUUUAAAAAUCGUAACGAAAUCCCCGUGACAGGUGGGGUGUCGCGGAGCCCAAACCCGUGGCUGGAUUUAACACGCAUGAAGCGCGUAGGCCGUUCCCUUCCUUAACGUCUUUGCGUUGCCCCGCUGUUUGUGUUAUUUGUAAAUAUUAUUCCUGUUAAAAUGGCCACCAUGGAGAAACUGAUGAAGGCCUUCGAGUCUCUCAAGUCAUUCCAGCAACAACAGGGACCACCAUCGGCCGAAGAGCUAGUUCAGAAACAGAAGAAAGAUGCAGCGACCACCAAAAAGGACAGAGUGGCCCAUUGUCUGACAAUAUGCGAAAACAUUGUUGCACAGUCUCUGAGAAACUCCCCUGAGUUUCAGAAGCUCCUAGGAAUCGCCAUGGAGAUGUUCCUGCUCUGCAGUGACGAUGGGGAAUCUGACGUAAGGAUGGUAGCUGACGAAUGCCUCAACAAAAUCAUUAAGGCACUAAUGGAUUCCAAUCUUCCCCGCCUGCAGCUGGAGUUGUACAAAGAGAUUAAAAAGAAUGGAGCUUCGCGGAGCCUCAGAGCUGCACUUUGGAGGUUUGCUGAACUGUCGCAUCUCGUGCGUCCACAAAAAUGCAGGCCGUAUCUGGUCAAUCUUCUCCCCUGCCUGACGCGGAUCAGCAAGCGCCCAGAGGAGACUGUCCAGGAGACGCUGGCAGCAGCCAUUCCGAAGAUCAUGGCAGCACUGGGCCACUUCGCCAACGAUGGAGAGAUCAAGGUCCUGCUGAAAGCGUUUAUCGGAAACCUCAAGUCCAGCUCUCCGACCAUCAGGCGCACGGCAGCUAGCUCGGCCGUCGCCAUCUGCCAGCACUCUCGCAGGACCCAGUAUUUCUACACCUGGCUUCUCAAUGUGCUUCUAGGUCUGCUGCUUCCUGUGGACGAUGAGCACCCUGCCCCGCUGAUCUUGGGGGUGCUGCUUGCCCUGAGAUACCUGAUGCCCUUAUUGCAGCAGCAGGUCAAGGACACCAGUUUGAAGGGCAGUUUUGGGGUCACGCGAAAAGAGGCCGAGAUCUCCCCCACACCGGAGCAGCUAAUCCAGGUGUACGAGCUGACGCUUCACUACACGCAGCACCGCGACCACAACGUGGUGACGGCGGCCCUCGAGCUGCUGCAGCAGGCCUUCCGCACGCCGCCGCAGGACCUGCUGCACGCCCUCAUCACGGCCGGCAGCAUCCCGCGGGUCAGCAUCUCCCGCGAGGAGGCUGAGAACCGAGGGCGGAGCAGCAGCAUCCUGGAGCUCAUUGCCGGAGGGUCGUCAAGCAGUCCACUUCUGCUCAGAAAACAAAAAGGCAAGCUGCUCUCAGGAGAAGAAGAAGGGCUCGAGGAUGACACGGAGACCAGGUCAGAGGUCAGCACUGGAACCUUUACAGCUUCUGUGACCAGCGAUGGCACCAGUGAGGUGCAGUCUUCCUCCGGGAUGUCCACUCUGGGCUCGGCUGGGGGGGGUCAUGACAUCAUCACGGAGCAGCCCCGCUCCUCACAGCACAACCUGCAGGCGGCCGACUCCGUGGAGCUGAGCGGCGCCGCGGACCCCCCAAGCGGCCCGGCCGCCGGGCAGACCGCCGAGGAAGAGGACGCGCUGAGCCGCGGCUCCAGCCAGAUCAGCAGCAGCGGCGGCGCCGACGCCGACCCCCAGGCGUCCUCGCCGGCCAGCGACAGCUCCCAGACCACCACCGAGGGGCCUGACUCCGCCGUCACCCCGUCAGACUGCUCCGAGCUCGUCCUGGAUGGUACUGAAAGCCAGUACUCAGGGAUGCAGAUAGGCACACUCCAGGACGAGGAAGAGGAGGGCAGUGGCAAUCCCCUGGAAGAGCCUUUGCAGGCCCUCACCGAUGCCACUAUAGCCUUGAGCAAACCACACUUGAUGGAAAAUAUGGGCCACAGCCGGCAGCCAUCUGACAGCAGUGUAGAUAGAUUUAUACCAAAGGACGAAGUGGUGGAGAAUGCAGAACCUGAAAACAAGCCCUCCAGAAUCAGGGGGGACAUUGGCCACUACACUGACCCAAAGGCUGCGCCGCUUGUCCACUGUGUGCGACACCUCUCAGCAUUGUUUCUGUUGACUGGAGAGAAGAACGGCCUUGUCCCAGACAGGGAGGUGCGGGUGAGUGUGAAGGCCCUGGCGGUGAGCUGCGUGGGGGCAGCCACUGCCCUCCUCCCCGAGGCCUUCUUCAACAGGCUGUACAGACAGCCCCUGGAGGGGGUCCUGCAAGAGGAGCAGCAGUAUAUAUCUGACAUUUUGAAUUAUACUGAUCAUGGGGACCCCCAGAUACGAGGAGCCACUGCUAUACUGUGUGGUACAAUAAUCUACUCCAUUCUCAACAAGACACGCUUUAACAUCGAACCCUGGUUGGCCAGGGUCAUGAGCUCCACAGGAAACCCCAUAUCUCUGGUAAACUGUGUGCCUUUGCUUCAGAAGACCCUCAGAGAUGAGUCUUCAGUCACCUGCAAACUAGCCUGCACUGCUGUGAGGCACUGCAUCAUGGCUCUGUGCAGCAGCACCAUCAGCGAACUCGGCCUCCAGCUUGUCGUUGACCUCUUGGCCCUGAAGGACAGCUCCUACUGGCUGGUCAGGACUGAGCUACUUGAAACACUGUCCGAGAUCGAUUUUAGGUUAAUAAGUUUCCUUGAAAGAAGAACUGAGACCUUACACAGAGGAGAUCACCACUACACUGGGGUCAUUUCAUUUUAUUUUUGGUUACUACAAGCCAUAGGGCUGAGGGGGGGAAAAAAGUAUGAAACCAGAUUUCUCUUGUGCUUCAGGGUCGUCUCCAGAUUGUUCUACGACUGCGACCAAGGUCAGGCGGAUCCAGUGGUGGCUAUAGCCAGAGACCAAAGCAGCGUCUACUUGCAGCUUCUCAUGCAUGAGACCCAGCCUCCCUCCCACUUCACAGUCAGCACCAUCACCAGGACCUACAGAGGCUACAGGAUUUCCCAGAAUGCAUCUGACAUCACUACAGAGAACAACCUCUCCCGAGUUGUCACUGCUGUGUCCCACGCACUUGCUUCGUCCACUUCAAGAGCUCUCACAUUUGGCUGCUGUGAGGCCCUGUGCCUCCUGUCUUCAGCAUUCCCAGUGUGCACCUGGAGCACGGGCUGGCACUGUGGGUACGUCAGCUCCUCCGCCAGCCAGCCGUUUCGCUCCAGCCUCUAUAAGAACAGGGGGCGCUCCUUCAGCCUGUCCCAUUCGAACAGUGAGGAUGCGAAAAAGAACUGCACUGUGGGCAUGGCCAACAUGGUGCUGUCCCUCUUGUCCUCGGCCUGGUUCCCCCUGGACCUCUCGGCACACCAGGACACACUCAUCCUCGCUGGGAACUUAAUUGCAGCCACUGCCCCUAAGUGCCUUAAGAGCCCCUGGAGCACGGAGGACGAGACCGGCGCCGGGGGGACGAAACAGGAGGAGCCCUGGCCCGCGCUGGGGGACCGGACUGUAGUCACCAUGGUGGAGCAGCUCUUCUCUCACCUGCUGAAAAUCAUCAAUAUCUGCGCGCAUGUCAUCGACGACGUGGCCCCCGGGCCUGCUGUGAAGGCCACCCUGCCCUCUCUUGCCAACACGCCUUCGCUGAGCCCAAUAAGAAGGAAAGGCAAGGAGAAGGAGCCAGCAGAGCAGGCUGCUGCCCCCAUGAGCCCGAAAAAGAGUAGUGAGAGCAAUCCAGCUGCCAGACCAGCUGACACCACUGGGACCAACUCUAUAAACAAGUCAUCUACGCUAGGCAACUUCUACCAUCUCCCUCCAUACCUCAAACUCUACGAUGUUCUGAAGGCUACACAUGCCAACUAUAAGGUGACACUUGACCUUCAGAACACCAGUGAAAAGUUUGGAGGGUUCCUGCGGGCUGCUCUUGAUGUGCUGUCCCAGUUGCUAGAGCUUGCCACCCUCCAGGACAUCGGAAAGUGUGUUGAAGAGAUCCUGGGUUAUCUGAAGUCAUGCUUCAGCAGAGAACCCACAAUGGCCACUGUGUGUGUCCAGCAGCUGCUGAAGACCCUGUUUGGGACCAAUCUCGCGUCUCAGUACGACGGCUCCUCCUCUAACCCCUGCAAGUCUCAGGGGAAGGCCCUUCGGCUGGGCUCCUCCAGCCUGCGGCCUGGGCUCUACCACUACUGCUUCAUGGCUCCCUACACUCACUUCACACAGGCCCUGGCCGACGCCAGCCUGCGCAACAUGGUGCAGGCCGAGCAGGAGCAGGACACUUCGGGGUGGUUUGAUGUGAUGCAGAAAGUAUCCAUCCAGCUGAGAUCAAGCAUCACUAAUGUAACGAAGCAUCGAGCAGAUAAGAAUGCCAUCCAUAACCACAUCCGCUUGUUUGAGCCCUUGGUCAUCAAAGCACUCAAGCAGUACACCACCACCACCUCCGUGUCCCUCCAGAGACAGGUGUUGGACCUGCUGGCUCAGCUUGUGCAGCUCAGAGUCAACUACUGCCUUCUGGACUCCGAUCAGGUUUUUAUUGGAUUUGUUCUGAAGCAGUUUGAAUACAUUGAAGUGGGACAGUUUAGGGAUUCAGAAGCCAUUGUUCCCAAUAUCUUCUUUUUCCUGGUGCUGCUGUCCUACGAGCGAUACCACUCCAAGCAGAUCAUCGGCAUCCCCAAAAUCAUCCAGCUGUGCGAUGGCAUCAUGGCCAGCGGGAGGAAGGCGGUCACACACGCGAUUCCAGCUCUGCAGCCUAUUGUCCACGACCUGUUUGUGUUGAGAGGGUCCAACAAAGCCGACGCAGGCAAAGAGCUGGAGACCCAAAAGGAGGUGGUGGUCUCCAUGCUGCUUAGACUUAUACAAUACCAUCAGGUGCUGGAGAUGUUCAUCUUAGUGUUGCAGCAGUGUCACAAAGAGAAUGAAGACAAGUGGAAGAGACUGUCACGGCAGAUAGCAGAUAUCAUCCUGCCCAUGAUCGCAAAGCAGCAGAUGCACCUGGAUUCCCAUGAGGCACUGGGGGUUUUGAACACCCUGUUUGAGACUGUGGCUCCUUCAUCACUGCGGCCUGUUGACAUGCUUCUCAGGAGCAUGUUUGUCACGCCUAGCACCAUGUCCUCUGUGGGGACGGUGCAGCUGUGGGUAUCGGGUAUUCUGGCUGUCCUGCGAGUCCUCAUCUCCCAGUCCACAGAGGAUAUUGUGCUGUCUCGCGUUCAGGAGCUCUCGCUGUCUCCUUACCUCCUCUCCUGCCCCACCAUCGACAAGCUCCAAGACUACAGCUCGCACACGCCUCCUUCAGCGGGUCACACGGGAGAAGCUCAGAAUAAAUACCCUCCAGAGGAAACGUUUGCAAGGUUUCUUCUGCAGCUGGUUGGAAUCCUGUUGGAAGAGAUCUCCAGUAAACAAGUUAAAGUGGACAUGAGUGAGCAGCAGCACACCUUCUACUGUCAACAGCUUGGCACACUGCUGAUGUGCCUCAUUCAUAUCUUCAAAUCAGGUAUGUUCCGAAGAAUUACUGCAGCUGCCACCAAGCUGUUGAAGGGCGAUGGCUGUGAGGGCAGCUUCUACACCCUGGAGAAUGUGAGCAGCAUGGUGCAGUCUCUCAUCACCACACACCCCUCCCUGGUGCUGCUCUGGUGCCAGAUCCUGCUCAUUAUCAACUACACCAACUACACCUGGUGGUCAGAGGUGCACCAGACUCCCAGGAGGCACAGCCUCUCCAGCACAAAGCUCCUGAGCCCCCACAUAUCUGGAGACGAUGAAGAGGCCCGACCAGAGUCCAGGCUGGCCAUGUGCAGCAGGGAGAUUGUCAGGAGAGGAGCACUGAUUCUGUUCUGUGAUUAUGUUUGCCAGAACCUUCAUGACUCAGAGCACCUCACAUGGCUGAUUGUGAAUCACGUAAAGGACCUGAUUAAUCUGUCCCAUGAGCCUCCAGUGCAGGAUUUCAUCAGUGCCAUUCACAGGAAUUCAGCUGCCAGUGGUCUCUUCAUACAGGCCAUCCAGUCCCGUUGUGAAAACCUUUCGACACCAACCAUGUUGAAGAAGACCCUGCAGUGCCUGGAAGGGAUUCACCUCAGCCAGUCAGGAGCUGUGCUCAUGCUGUAUGUGGACAAGCUCAUCAACACGCCUUUCCGUGUCCUGGCACGCAUGGUGGACACACUCGCUUGCCGUCGGAUAGAGAUGCUUCUCGCAGAAACAUUACAGAACAGCAUUGCCCAGCUACCACUUGAAGAACUGGACAGAAUUCAAGAAUAUCUGCAGAGCAGCAGCUUAGCGCAGAGACACCAGCGGCUGUACUCCCUGCUGGACAGGUUCCGAGCUACGGUUGCCGAGGAGACGGCAAGUCCUUCUCCUCCAAUCACCUCCCACCCUCUGGAUGGAGAUCUGCCCCCUGCCCCUGAGAAUGUGACUGCAGACAAGGAGUGGUAUGUGGCACUGGUCAGGUCUCAGUGCUGCCUCCGCACAGACGCUGCUCUCCUGGAGUCCACAGAGCUGCUAACCAAGCUUCCGCAGCCUGACCUCUCCUCCAUCAUGACUUCCAAGGAGUUCAAUUUAAACCUCCUGGACCCUUGUCUCAGUCUGGGUGCCCAAAAGAUGAGCAAGGAGCAGGGCAGCGUCCUGUUUGACUCGGCUCUGCAGGUCACUCUCGACCACCUGUCCAGCACCGUCCAGCUCCUGCCCAGCCACCAUCAGGUCUUCGCUGCCUCUUCGGCCCCUGGUGACUCGGCUUACUGGAACAAGCUGAGCGACGUCUACAGCGAGAGAGUUUUCUACCAGACUGUAGUGAGUCUGUGCAGAGCCUUGAGUCAGUACCUGCUGUCGCUUUCAAAGUUUCCAACGGUUCUUCUCAUCCCCAGCGAAAAGGAGGCCGACAUCACCAACUUUGUAGUGAUGGCACUGGAGACUGUUGCAUGGCACCUGAUAAAUGACGAGGUUCCACUGAGCAUUGAUCUCCAGACAGUACUGGAUUGCUGCUGUCUCGCCUUACAGCAGACUGUAAUUUGGAACUUGCUGGCUUCGCUUAGCUAUGCUAGCCAAGCCUGUUCUAUCAUAAAUUGCAUUAAACUCCUUCUUGAAGCAGUGGCAGUGCAGCCUGGGGAACGAUUCCUGCAGCCGGAGAGGAAAAAGACGAUCCGGGAUAAGAGUGGGCCAGGGGAUGAGGUGGAUGCCUCUUCUCAAGAGAGACUGGAUUCUUUUAAAACCGCUUGUGAAAUCAUGGCAGAGCUGGUGGAGGGUCUUCGGAGCGUCCUGGCAUUGGGGCAUUACAGGAACAACAGAAUCCCUGCAUUUCUGACCCCUACACUCUGCAAUAUAAUCAUUAGUCUGGCAAGACUUCCGCUGGUCAACAGCUACACUCGAGUGCCACCGCUGGUUUGGAAAUUGGGCUGGUCCCCAAAACCUGGCGGAGAGUUUGGCACUGCAUUGCCUGAGAUCCCAGUGGAGUUUCUGCAGGAGAAGGACGUCUUCAAGGAGUUCCUGUAUCGCAUCAAUGUCUUGGGCUGGAGCAGCCGCACACAGUUUGAGGAGACCUGGGCCACUCUCCUGGGGGUGCUGGUCACCCAGCCUAUAGCAAUGGACCAUGAGGCAGAGAAUCAGCAGGAGGAGGACCUGGAGAGGACCCAGAUCAAUGUUCUUGCUGUGCAAGCCAUUACGUCCUUGGUGCUGAGCGCCAUGACAAUCCCUGUGGCUGGUAACCCCGCCGUCAGCUGCCUGGAGCAGCAGCCUCGCAACAAGACCCUGAAAGCACUGGAAACUCGGUUUGGCAGAAAGCUGAGUGUUAUUCGAGGGAUUCUGGAACAGGAGAUCCAGGCAAUGACAUCGAAGAGAGACAACAUCGCCACACAUUUCCCCUACCAGGCUUGGGAUCCGGUCCCAUCCCUCUCUUCAGCAGUCUCAGGUACCUUGAUAAGCCAUGAGAAGCUCCUCCUGCAGAUAAACACAGAGAGAGAAAUGGGCAACAUGGAUUAUAAACUGGGACAGGUGUCCAUACACUCCAUGUGGCUGGGAAACAACAUCACCCCCCUGAGAGAGGAAGAGUGGGACGAGGAUGAGGAGGAUGAGAAUGAUGCUCCGGCCCCAGUGUCGCCUCCCACUUCCCCCAUCAACUCCAGGAAACAUCGUGCUGGUGUUGACAUCCACUCCUGCUCACAGUUCUUACUGGAGCUCUACAGUCAGUGGGUUCUACCCAGCAGCCCCAGCAACAAGAAGACGCCUGUGAUCCUGAUUAGUGAAGUGGUUCGCUCACUUUUAGCGGUGUCAGACUUGUUCACGGAGAGGAAUCAGUUCGAGAUGAUGUUCAGCACGCUGACGGAGCUCCAGAAGGUCCACCCUGCCGAGGACGAGAUCCUCAACCAGUACCUGGUCCCUGCCAUCUGCAAGGCAGCAGCCGUUCUGGGCAUGGACAAGGCGAUAGCGGAGCCUGUGAGCCGACUGCUGGAGACCACCCUGCGCAGCACGCACAUGCCCACCCGCAUCGGGGGGCUGCACGGCAUCCUGUACGUGCUCGAGUGUGACCUGCUGGACGACACCGCCAAGCAGCUCAUCCCCAUCAUCAGCGAGUACCUCCUCUCCAACCUGCGGGGAAUCGCACACUGUGUCCACCUUCACAAUCAGCAGCAUGUGCUGGUGAUGUGCGCGGCAGCCUUCUACAUGAUUGAGAACUAUCCACUGGACGUGGGCCCAGAAUUCACAGCUGGCAUUAUCCAGAUGUGUGGCGUGAUGGUCUCUGGAAGCGAGGAGGCCACUCCGUCUGUGAUUUACCACUGUGUCCUGCGGGGUCUGGAGCGCCUCCUGCUGUCAGAGCAGCUGUCCCGGCUGGAUGGGGAGGCACUAGUGAAGCUCAGUGUGGACCGGGUCAACAUGCCCAGCCCUCACCGGGCCAUGGCUGCUCUGGGGCUCAUGCUCACCUGCAUGUACACAGGAAAGGAGAAGUGCAGUCCGGGACGGGCAGCGGACUCUGAUCCCACAGCCCCCGACAGCGAGUCUGUGAUUGUGGCCAUGGAGCGCGUCUCGGUUCUCUUCGACAGAAUCAGAAAAGGCUUCCCUUUCGAAGCCAGAGUGGUGGCAAGAAUCCUCCCUCAGUUCCUGGAUGACUUCUUCCCUCCUCAGGAUGUGAUGAACAAAGUCAUUGGGGAGUUCCUGUCCAAUCAGCAGCCUUACCCACAGUUCAUGGCGACUGUUGUUUACAAGGUAUUCCAGACAUUGCACGCUACGGGCCAGUCAUCGAUGGUUCGAGAUUGGGUUCUCCUGUCUCUUUCCAACUUCACUCAAAGGACACCAGUAGCCAUGGCGAUGUGGAGUCUUUCCUGUUUCUUCGUCAGCGCUUCGACUAGCCAGUGGAUUUCAGCCCUCCUUCCUCACAUAAUCAGCAGAAUGGGGAAGUCGGAGCUUGUGGAUGUCAACCUGUUCUGCCUAGUGGCCAUGGACUUCUACAGGCACCAGAUUGAUGAGGAGCUGGACCGGCGGGCUUUCCAGUCUGUCUUCGAGAUUGUGGCCUGCCCGGGCAGCCCCUAUCACCGACUGCUCACCUGUCUACAGAAUGUCCACCAGGCCACCCCUUUCUGAGCACAGAACUCACUCCUGGCUCAGAGAAAGGGAAUCCCUGAGCCUUUCUUGUAAGAUAAGACUUGGAAGUCCCUGGCUGAAUAGCCCUGUCAAAACCCCACUACCACCAGCCUCAUCUCCAGAAAGGAUUGCCUGUUAGAGGUUCAGAAAUCUGGCACUGGUCAUGUACAGUAUGGUUCUCCUUGUACUUCCAGCUCCCAAGCCAUUCUGUGCUUGGAAAACAGACCGAGUACUAUUCUGUGUCUAAGAGUUCUUCCCGCACUUCAAUGAUUGAAAACAUAAAAUCCGAAUAAUCUCUUUGAAGGCCUUGUAGGGCAAAAACAAAAAACGUCAUAUACAGUACUUAAAAAAAAAUGCAGUUCUUCAAUUUUUGGGGUGUGAUUUGGUACAGAGCAUAAACCAGAUUGCUUAAUGUCAAGGUGCCCUACUGAGAAAGAUUAGAAACCUGCUUAGUUAUCGCCAUAGAUAGAUUUGUUGUUUUUAAUAUAUCUCGCCUUCAAAACGGAGAAAAAUACAAGAGUGGGGAUUAAUGUUCCUUUCAAAGUCAUACCGUAUAUACAUAGCCAUAGUACACUGCUUUUGUUUUAGAAGAGGGUGAGAUUGUAAGGGAGGUCUAUGCUGAAAAGAAGGUAAUCAACCCAAUUUUAGCAUGUUGUAAUAAUCUCUUUCCCACUUUGCAACAACAUGGUGUAUAUAGUGUCUGUGUGGGGGGGGAAUUAAACACUUUCAAUGGUGUAUUUUUUUCUUUUUUUAUUCUCAGGAUGUAAAAGAUGUGAUAAUACCAACUGGAAGUGUCUUUUAAUGAAAACAUUUCUAUAUCAUGUAAAGUCUGUACAAUUGUAAAACCUGUGGUGCAUGGAUCUGUGUUUCAGAAAACGAUUUGACACAAAACCACUUCAGGCCACUGUUUUUGAAUGUCUUUCCAUCUUUCUGUUUGCACACGAUGAAUGAAAGGAGUCGGUGAUAUGUGUGUGUUGUGUGUUUUGUUUUCUUUUUACGUGCAGCGUUCUUCCGGACUAACUGGGUAUAGGAGAACUCGAUCAAGCAUGAGCUCAUGCGUGUCUUUCUUUAUCUGUGGCAGUCAUGUAAUGCACGUUGUGCUGAACACAAGUCCCGUAACUUCAUGUCAUGACUGCUCACAGUGAUACACCGUGACACAAUUAUGCCACCGACUCACCUGUUUAACCUUUCUAGGGCUGGUCUUCAUCCACACCCAGUUUCACUAUACCUGCAGUGACAUCACUUAAAGCAGGUGAAACAUGAAAGAGAUGAUAGUUUUUCUGGGCAUCUGAAGAUCAUUAGAAUCUAAUGAUCAGGAAAAUGUAAAAAAACCCAAACUGGAACAUGAUUACUUCUCUUGGUUUGUGAACAUAUACAGUAAACAUUUGUUUUAACAAAGAUCUGACCACUUUGUCACAAACUGUGCCUGUUGUUAUUAUUGUACUGUUUACCAAAAUAUGUUCCAGUUAAUCAUUAUAUAUGCAUAAACAUUGUGUUUUGAAAGGACAUUGAUUAUACUAAUAUUUUCAUAUGCUGAUCAGAGUUCUGCUGUAUUUAGGUACUAAAACAAUGUAGCUUGCCUUAUAUUGAAAGAACACAAGUCUUUAUGUUCAGUCCUAAUUUGGUGAAAGGGUAGUUUUAAUCAGAGAAUGGAUUACUUUAAUGUAAAUAGGUAUAAUAGUUAAAGAAUAUAUAUAUAUAGGAUACCUAUUAGAAAAAGAAGCAUGCUAUAUAAUAUUAACCCCGCUUUUGAAUUACUGUAAAACACUAAUUUUAUAUGUAGGAAAGGCUUUGUAAGAGAGAUUUACUACUGAAGAGGACAUUAUUGAGGAGAAACGCUAUCCAAAGGGAACUUAUUUACUGUAUAAAAAGCUUUGACAAAUCGUAGUUGGUACAUUAUCCAUGGUAUGCUCAGAACAGUAUUUCCUUUUAAUACAUUCAGCUUCAUUCUUUGCAAAAUCUUCAUACGAGUGUUUAAAAGCUUUAAAUCCAAUUUACUUAGUUAAAAAUAACUGCAUUGUAAUGUUCAAACAUAGCAGUAGCAUUAUCAAUAUUGCAUUAUGUCUGUAUUUAUUGAAAUUACAACAAAGGCAAAUGGAUCAAAUUAGACAAAAGCAUAAUCAAAAUUUUAAACGAUCAUAAAAAUACGUGAAAAAUAUUCAGUAACAUAGGUCACUCCAGUAAAAUUUACUUUUUUUUGUAGUAAUAUGCUGUAUUUGCACAGUAAACUGAUCAUUGGCUUGGCUUUUGAACAACUACAUUGUACACGCAGAUCAGGAAGCAUUCUCUACAAAUCUCACUCAUGACCGAAGUAUGAAAACGCCAUUUUUGCUGAAGUGAAAUAUUUUGUUGAAGGAAAAAAUAACAUUGAUCUUGUUGAGGUGAAAAGGGUUUAGUCCUUGAUACCAUGGAAUCAAACAAGAAGCCAAAUAUAAAAAUGACCUUCGGAUUGCUGUGGUUGAAAAGAAAAACAUGGCUGGUCUGGAGGGUAAUUGCAGUUUAAUGAUGGAUUGUACCACAUAACAUCAUAGUUUUAUUUUCAUCAUCUUUAUCAUCUCUUUCCCAGUACAUGCCCAUGUACAUGCCCUGGUUUUUUGCGUUUAGAUGCCCAACAGUAGGGGAUACAUUCAAGUUCUUCAGUUCAACAUUUGAUUGUUUUGACAAAGAACAUUUCCCUGUUCUGAACUGUAAAUAAACAACUUCGGAAUUCCUGACUCCCUAUCUAGUGCUGUAGUUUUGUUUUUUCAGUCGUUUCAUGGUUAUGCAAAUAGGUUUCACGUAAAAUGAAGAGUCUUUGAUCAAACUUUGUAGGUGGGAAAGAUGCGUUUCCACUAUGCACUCUUUCUGGGGGUUUCUGGUAAGUUUCUGGGAUUUGGCAAGAUUGGGUUGUAGUUUGUGUGUGUGCUGAUAUCUUCUCUCUAAUUAUCAAGCAGCAAAACAAAGUCCCACAUGAAGAUGUUACUCGGGUGUCAGAACAGUUGCUCUGGAGUUUUCCCACAUCACACAGCUGGCUGCCCCAUCAUUCCAGACUUUUUUUUCUGUAUAAAGCUGUCAUGAGAAAAGUCUGGAGCCUGUACUGGAAUGUGUUAGGAUUCACACUGCAAUAAAUGUAUAAUUUGGUUGUGUUGUGUUUAUAAAGAUUAAGUUGCUGGACUUAAAAUAGUUUUAAAACGUCUCCUUUUUUCGACAAUUGUAAAUUUGGGGCAUUUUCACUGAGAAUUCUCAGCUGCACGACACUAUAAAAUGUACUAACAGUUCUUGAAUUAUUAAAAUGUCAGAAUUGA